AUGAGAUGGCGAAAAAAAUUAACACCUGGCCCAUAUCGUAUAACUGGACACACCUCGUCGAGAACCUGCUCAUUUGAUCGGAAUAUCUCCCCUGAUGGAGUAAUUGAAGGACUAACUCCGAUCCAGGUACGAGAAAGGUUACAUCUAGAACAAGAACAAGCGCGCAGCUCCACCUCUAGUCCCCUGUCCCGCCAUGUACUUUCGGAACAUGGUUACACUGCUGAGGAAUUUUCGAGGUCAAGAGGACCUAGUCAUCGAUUAGCAAGAAGUCAUAGUAGUCAAGUUUCCAAGCCCAAACUGGAUUUACAAGCUUGGAUCGGGCCUCCAGUAUUGGCUAGUCGUAUCUUUACAGAUGAUGGCCCAGUGGUAGCCUCUAGCUCCUCAACAAGGGGCCUGCUUAUGACAGUAAAAGCGGGAAACUACGGCCAGUAUGACCGACGAAAUGGUUCAGUUCCUUCUUCGACCUUAGAAGAGGUUGGAUACGUUGGGACAAAGGAACAAUCUACAAAGGUUAAGUUAAUCGAAAAUUGGAGAACAGAUAUACGUAAUUCCAAUGUUCAGUCAGUUGUUUUUGAUACCAACGAAAUGGUGAGUAGAAGAGUGUUCUCGUGUAACUCUCCAGAAGGCUUGAAAAACCAAAAUAAUUCAUAUCCAUCAAUUUUUAUUAAUUUGGCCCCAAGAGCUGAAAACACAAGGAAAAAGGAGGUAAAAGAAGAAGAACAAGAAGAGAAAGAUUAUAGUGAGGAGGAAUUUGGCGAUGAAAUGAUUGAUGAUGAUGACAGGAAUGUUGAACAGGAGCAAGAAGAUGGGGAGGAAGAAGAGGGAGAAAACGAAGAAGUUGACGAUGAGGGGGAGGCGGGAGAGGUGCGAGUAGAUGGCGAGAUCAUUGACUUUAGAGCUGGUGGAAGGGAAAGAAGAAUGACAAGAAUAGUAAAAGAGGAAGAGCCUGAAGAAGAAUUUGAAGAAGCUGAGGAAGAAGAGAAUGAAGAAGUUGAAAACGAAGAGGAGUUUGUUUCGUCUACUUAUGAUGAUAGAGUGGCUAAAAUUAAGGGAGAUAGAGUGCUGGAUGAAUUAGAAGAGGAAGAAUUGAGUGAGAUUACGCAGAAUAUAUGUGAUAAUGAGGAGCUUUAUAAUAAAAAAGAAGAAGAAAAUGGAGAAGAUUUAGGACUGAGCGGAUAUAUUGAUAGUGAAGAGUCUAAGGAAGAAUUUAGUUGUGGAAUGGAAGAUGAGGGAGAUCAACCGAGGAGCUUAACACUAAAAAUGAAAGAGAAAAGUAGAGAAAUAGACGGAAGCGCAAGCUGUUAUUCUGAAUCCGCCGAUGUAAAUACAGAGCAAGUUUCUAAUGAUGAUUUUGAUUCCGAUCUAAUAUUAGAGGAAGAAAUAUUGUCCGAAAUCAGUUGGCAGUCUAGCGAGGAAGAGGGGAUACUUCGAGGCAAGUAUUAUGCUAAACAUGCAUUCAAAGAGAUAGGAGUGAAAGAGGCAUUUGACGACAGAAGAAUUUCGCCAAAAAAUUACAGAGAAAAAGAGAAGGACAACGACGAUAUAAAUUCAAAACUUAUAGAGGAGAAUCAUAAACCAAAAAACCAUACUUUUAUAAAUGAUAAGUGUCUUGAAUGGUCUACAACUUCCGUAAACUCAUCGACCUAUGGGUCACAUAGAUCACCUCAGCACCGAAAAUAUCCAAUUCGGCACCAAAAAUGUUCAGAUGGACAAAGAACUGAGAUUCCGGAAUCAAUGUGGAGUCAGCUUACCAAUGUACAGGAGGCAAUUUCAGGAGUAGAGUACAUUGCUCAGCAUUAUAAGAAUGCCGACUACACAGAUGGGGUAAGCUAA